AUGCAUAAAAUCGUGCAUUUGGAUUUAAAAGGUGCGCCUUUGAAAUCCUCCUACCUGGAAAAUGUGUUUAAGUCAGCUAAAGCAUGGGGUGCUACAGGAAUCCUUUUAGAAUGGGAAGACACAUUUCCAUACUCAGGACAUUUAGUUGACAUAGGCAGUGUCAACAACUGCAAUGGAGAGAAUAUGUAUUCUGUUGAGGAAGUGAGACAUAUAAUACAAUCUAUUAAAAAUAAUGGCCUGGAACCUAUUCAGUUAAUUCAAACAAUAGGCCACAUGGAGUUUGUUCUGAAACAUCCGGCAUUCAGAGAUUUAAGAGAAGCCCCUCGUACCCCUGCAGUGUUGUGUCCCUCUAAGCCUCAAUCUCUGAACUUAGUGAAGGAAAUGCUGAAACAAGCAUUGGAAAUGCAAAGUGACGCCAAAUACUUUCAUAUAGGAGCAGAUGAGGUGUGGCAUACUGCUGUAUGUCCACAAUGUCAGAGUCGAGCUGCUUCUAGUGAACACAAGGCGCCGUCUUUAUUUUUACAACAUAUAAGAGAUUUAGUGAUAUUUCUCAAACAGAUUAAAGCAGAUUUAAUUGUUCUUAUGUGGGAUGAUAUGUUGAGGUCAAUCAGCUUAAACACAUUACAGUAUUAUAAAAUUGGUGAACUCAUACAACCAGUAGUAUGGAAUUAUAAUGUUAAAGAACACUUUCAAAUAGACCCCCAUCUAUGGGAUGUGUACUCGAAGAUAUUUCCUAGUGUUUGGGCUGGAUCUGCAUUUAAAGGGGCCAAUGGCAGUUGUCAGGUACUUUCACCAGUAGUAAGAUACAUCAGCAACCAAGAAGCGUGGGUGAAAGAGAUGAAAGAUAAUUGUCAAAAGGUCAACUUUGCCGGUAUCAUUUUGACUGGAUGGUCGAGAUACGAUCAUUAUUCAACGUUAUGUGAGUUGCUGCCGGUGUCUCUGCCGAGUUUGUCCAGUUGUUUGAAAACGUGGGGCAAUAUGGAUGAGAAUAUAGAUAAUGCGAAAGAAGUGUUGCCGGAUGACCAGUGGCCGGGCAUCGAACUGGCACUGUGCAUGCACUCCUUCGUGAUGCUGCGAGAGAGAUCCUACAAACUUAUAUUUGGGGAUUUGGUAUCAACAUGGCUCAAUCCUUGGCAAGUGGAACACAACUACACGAGCCCCGUUCAGGUGGAGGGCGUCACUAUGACGUCACACUCGUUGCAAAUAGAUUUAAAAGGUCUUCAAGAACAAUUGCAAAGGAAUUUGGAGAGUGUGACAGGUUCAAGAAGUACAGAAGAGUGGAUGGCGUCUUUCUUUAACCCAAUUCUAACCAAAAUGGCGGAAUUACACGAAAUAGCAUCGAAACGUAGCAACGCUGACGCUAGUGUUAGACCUACU